UGCUGCUGCUGCUGUGGGCGAAAGGCGCAUGGAAGAGAAAGCCAGAGGCAUUGGGGGGGACUCGAGCACUCGGAACGGGCUUCUAUCUCGGACCAUGGUUGAUCCCUUGAUCGGCUACUGAAGAACGUCUGUGACUGGGAUACUGCAUUGAUUUAGAAAACCCUGUUCUCCUAAAGGAGAUCCUGCUUGACCGUCAACACCACCAGGGCCCAUGAUGUUCGGUUGGAUGGGAGGGGCCUUGCUGUGCGCCGUUUCCGGGCUGGUCCUCCUCAUUGUUGCCACAGCAACAGACUUUUGGAUGCAAUACCGAUACUCUGGCAGCUUCAGCAACCAAGGACUCUGGCGCUUCUGUGUGGGAAGCAAAUGUCACCCGCACACCAUCACCCUUGCUUUCUGGGAUGCCACCCGAGCUUUCAUGCUCAUCUCCAUCCUGUCCUCCUUCGCCGGGAUCAUCCUGGAGCUGAUGACCUACUCUGGCACCAACCGCUUCUCCCGCAGUCGCUCUGCAGGGGUCACCCUCUUGAUUGCAGGACUCUUCGCCUUGCUGGGCCUCUCCAUCUACACCGGUGUGACCGUGAAUUUCUACGGUAAGCGCUACGCUGACUGGCGCUUCUCCUGGUCGUAUAUUCUGGGCUGGAUCGCUGUUCUCCUGACCUUCUCAGCAGCUCUCUUCCACUUCUGUGCUGUCCGCAGAAAUUUGUCCACGGGUGGAUCCGGCGGGACAAGUGGUUGACUCCCAUUCAUGGCGCCCUCCUGCCUCAAGUCCAAUCCAGCCAGACUCCAACGCUCCGUGCAAUUACGUGGCCCCCUCCUCCAUGUUCUUCCUCCUCUGCUAGCUCCCCCCAGUGGGCUGGUUAAUGCCAAGAGGCCAGCGUAGGUAGUCCUCGACUUACUCCACAAGCGAGCCCAAAAUUUCUGUAGCCCAAGUGAAAUAUUUUGCCCCACUUUAUGACCUUUCUUGUCAUCGUUGUUAAGUGAAUCACUGCAGUUGUUAA